UUAGGGUUUAACCUUUGAAGCUGUGUUUCUCAGAGAUCUGUCCUCCUCUAUCCUCUAGAGAGGGAAAUGGCCUCUUUUUGUAGAUCAGCUAUAAUGGCAGGCUCAAGGUCCAUGGCGGCUCGAUCCAGAACCCUAUCCCAGAAAACCCUAAACGCAAAGUCCGUUUCCUCUCCUUUGUCUUCGCCAUCAAGACGACACAUCCCCAGUGCUUCAAGGUUUGUAUCAGUUUUCGGAAGCCUGGAGUCAUUAAUGCCACUUCACAGUGCCAUUGCCAAUGCUCGGCUCAAAUCCAGCAUUGCUGUUGAUUCCUCUUGCUGGAGCUGGCUUUCUCAAGGCCUUGCAACACCAUUGUGACAGCCUGCCGGAUCUUUGUUGGAUGAUAAAGGAAAACAAAGUCCUUUUUAAGUCUUGAAUUCAGUUUUUGUAACUUGCAGCAUAUGCAAACUUAUUUGACCUAAUGCUGUUAUUUACCUUCUAUCUGUUAUUUUUGCUUCCCCCAAUUCCCAUCAUGUGCUUGGAAUCCGGCGGCUUUAUAGAUUUCUCACUGAUUGCUAGUGGCUUUAUGGA